UAAACGGGUUUUGGUUUGGUAAAUGAUGAAUGCUAACGGCCAGACAACGCGCCUCACACAAAAACCAGCGUACAGAAAUUUCAAACGUAAAGCAAACGAAACGGAUUCGGAUCAUCCCAAGAGAGAACGCAUCACAAUUAAAACAAUUAAAGGGACAAGAAGUGGACACGACGGGUAUGACGACAAUGCCAAUGGCAACAGUGGCAUCGGUAUCAGUAUCGGUAACUGGAACCCCUGUGCGUCGCGCCGCUGCCCGCGCCACAGCCGGUGUGCAACGACGUCGUGUGGUCAAGAAGCACAUACAACAAAAGUACAUGCUCUGCGGCUUUGCCAUACACGCCUUUCUAGCAACACCCGCGUAUUUGUACGGCAAUGUUGUGGAGUCGGACAAGGAUCUGGUGCUACGCAUUUGGCCAGCGAUCGUUUAUCAGGCCACUGGCGAACUUUGUCGCUCCAUUAUGGAGCAUCUGGACACAGAGUACAGCGGACGUGCUCGGGAAACGACUCAAUAUAGACGCACCUUCCUGCUAGCCACAUUGAUUGCCUGCCUCUCGCUAAUGAUCAGUGGCAUAUUGUUCUCAUCCGCCUGGGUGGUUGUUACCACCACAACGCAGAUAGUGGCCAUUGUAUUUUACGGCUUCUUUGCGGGUAUUGGCUCCAGUCUGUAUCUGUGGAAAACACAUGUUAUUUUGGAGGCAGUGCGUCCGCGUGAAGAUAAAUACGUAUGCAAAACAAUCCAUCUAUGCGGUGAGGCCUUCUGUCAGUUAUUCCUUUCCUUCGUUUUCACCAGUCUACGAACACUUUACGGCACGGCGCAGUCCAUUGAGCUGAUGUCGGCACUCCUAGUAAAUCUCAUACCAUUAAGCCUGAUCAUCACCAAACAUCGAGAGGAUGCAUUUACCACCAAGCGUAUAUCGGUGAUUAAAGCUGAGACCGGUUUUGGAGCAUUGCCCUUGCGUGGUGCUCUGGCUGCCAACUUUGUUGCCGAUCAGUUGGAUGGUCUGGAUACACUGGCAAUGUCCUGGCGUAAUCCGGCCACAGAACUAAGCAGCACAUCUGGCACAGCUGUAGCUGCGGCUGCUGCCGUCGUGGACACGCACAGCAAUUAUAUGCUGGCCACGGAUGAGGCAUAUGUCACCUAUGUGAAUCCAAAUGGCGUUGAGAUUAUGGAGAUUAUACCCGAAGAGGAUGAAACGGUGUCCAUGAUGCGAUCCAGCACUGCAACCAUUGACAAUUAUGGCAUAUCGCAAUCUCAAUUGCUGCACAAGUCACAUUCAAAUGGUCGACUCUAUCCGCAGAAUCCGCUGAAUCCCACCGGUACCGGUACUGGUACUGGCACCGGCACCGGUAGCUCCUCUUCCCUUCCAGAGGCACAUGCGAAUCUGCAUCGCAUACGUCGCAUGUCGCGGGCGGUCACAUCGCAUUUGUGGUGGAAUCUGCUGGACAAGAUUGCGAUGCCUUUGCAGCAUGCAAUGUUGGUGCCGCAGCUGUAUGCCACCACGCUCCUGAUCUCCGCGGACAUCUUUAGCUAUGUGAUGUGCUUGACUGUACUGCCAGGAUUGGCUGUGAGCCAUCAUGCGCUAAAGAACGCUGAAAUACCAUUUCUAUUCUCGCUGCUCGCUUUCCCAUGGAUGUGCUUCUCGCUGAUGACGCCGCGCUUCGGUUCAAGCCUUUAUAAGCGCAAACUGCAAUGGUACACGUUGGGCAGCAUCUGCAAGUGCCUGGCGCUCAUUUUUAUUAGCUUCUCCACAUCCAAGCUGCUGCUGAGCGUGUCGGCUGUGCUCUUGGGAUUUGGCCAGGUGGUCACCGCAUUUCUUCAGGAGAUGGUCCUUCAGUUGGGCAUGACCCGUGCUAAUUGGACGGCCAUUCGUCGGCCCGUCCACUUCACAAAUGGCCUACUGAUUCUUAUUUGGGGCGCCCUCGCACACUGGGUCGUUGUCCACUAUUCGUUUCAGGCAACUGUUGGCCUAGCGGGCGCCUUGUAUGGCUCCACAACAUUGCUGUGGAAUUUUUUGGUUUUCUGUUGUCAGAGCAAGGAUUAAAAACGGUGUGUAAAACUUAUGAGCGCAGCUUGUGUUUAAAUUAAGCAUCCAGAAUUAUCAAAUAAUAAACACAUACACUACUAUGUAAUCUCCAUCUAGA